AAAGUCUCCCCACAUUUGCUGAUACGAACGAUCUCUGUUUUCCCUUCAACAUUUUCAAUUCAAACAGCAACUUCACCAUGCCUAAUCCACCUGUGGUCGCUUUUUCCAAUCACAAUUCCAUGCGAGAAAACUACGAGGCAUAUGGUGUCGGGAAUUACUAUACACAAGUAGCCGCCACAUACCGUAACCCGCAUGCAGAAGGUGUCCGCAACGUUGUCUGGGGAUGGAUGGAUACUUGGUGGGACAAGGAAGGCAAGGAAGGAGAAACGGGAGAGGCGGGAGGUUCUAGAGUUUUGGAUAUGGCUGCAGGGAGUGGGGAGGUGACUCUGGCGCUUUUGGGAUGGGUAGAACGGAAAAAGAGUGGACAGACUGUCCGAGUCAAAGGACUGGUGCGGGGAGGUCAGGGCAGUGUGCGUCCUUCUGCUGUUCGACCCUCAGAUCCUUCAAUACCAGCCCCAAUAGCAAGAGAUCCAAUAUCACUAGGCGAACCAUCGUCAGCACCCUCACUGAAUCCAAUCACCCCGACAUUGCACAUCACCGCAACAGACCCAUACACUUCUCCCGCCUACACAGCCCAAACUACCCUCCCUUGCCUCCCGCUUUCCUUUCAAGACAUUGCCAACGGAACCUUACCAGAAACCCAAUACACCCACAUCAUCUGCUCCUACGCCCUCCAUCUCGUCAAAGACACUAGCGAGUUGUUCGCGCUUCUAUGGGAAUUGAGUACCAAAGCACGGUACCUGCUUGUCAUUGCUCCCGGGAAGCGCCCAGAGAUUAGAGAGGGGUGGGGGUGGAGGAGAUGGGAUGUUGAACGAUGGGAUUGGGGAGAAUGUGAACUUGUGUUUGGGAAAUGUCGUGGAAGGGUUUACAAGAGUGUAAACUGUUUCUAAUUGAAAAGGGGAGGAUUUUCUGAGACGAUCAACUACUUUUCAUUAUCAUUACUCUUUAUACAAGAAAAAAAAAAAAGCAAA